AUGACACCUUUGACAUAUUUUCAAGUUGUGUGUCGCAUCCUCGCCCUUCUACUCCUGGCGCCGUUCGCUCUCUGCAUCGCGCUCGAUGUCACGGCAUACGCCAUUGCUCGAACGCUACAUCUAUCAAUGUCCCACCAACGCGUUCCUCGAUCUCCCGGCAGUCAAGUAAUACCCAUCCUGACCGAGGGUGAGAUCGCGACAUUCGAUGAUGGCUUCGGCGUCCCAAAUGGGUCUGCUGCAGGAAGUAAACCUCAUUAA